UAUAGAUUAAUAAAUUUGCUUAAGUUAUUUAAAUUGUUAAAAUUACAUUUUUAUGAAUUUAUUUAAAAAAAUAUUUUACGGAGUGUAUUCUAGAUUUUAUUGUACGAAUGUAAAAUACGUAGAAACUGAGUUAAAUAACUAUGGCAAAAUACUGAAUAGUAAUUUUAAGCCUUUGUUUACACCUGGUCACACAAAUCCUAAAAUUAAGCUUAAAAAUUUUAAUAUCAACGCUUUUUCACUGUUAAUUAACAAUUCCAUACAAUUAAUAUACAAUUCCCUCGCGGAUUAUGGAUUCAGAAAUGUUUACGUAUCAUUUAACGGCGGAAAAGAUAGUUUAGUGGCAUUACACAUUUAUAGACUAGCAUCGCAUAAAUAUUCUCCACACACUCAGCCUCAUGAAUUACAAGUCGUCUACUUUAAAGAUCCGAACUUUAAAGAAUUCACCGAAAUCACACAAUUCAUACAUUACAUCACCAAACAACUACACAUCAACAUGACAAUGGUGGAGAGUGGUUGGAACGAAGGUGUGAAGAGUUUUAGGAAUGAGAAUUUAUGUUUUAUUCUCGGAACGCGUAGGGUGGAUGAGGGUUGCAGCAGUUUAAGCGAGAUUGAACCCGGCAAUUCAGACGAGUUUAAAUUCCUCAGAAUUAAUCCGCUGCUCAACUGGUCUUAUCAUGACAUUUGGAACUUUUUACUCUUUUUUCAACUCGAUUAUUGCACUCUCUAUAAUCAAGGCUAUACUUCCAUCGGAAGUAGGGAUGACACGGUAUGUAAUGAGUAUUUGAGGAUCGGUGAUGGUUAUUUACCAGCAUAUGAGCUGGUAGAUGAACAAUAUGAACGUUGCAGCAGAUUAAAAUAAUAUCCCUACUCUUUAA